GGUGGAAGUGUGCAAGUUGUGGCGGGAGCUGGAGGAAAAAGUUGGGAGGGACCACGAACGUGGGAGCAUGAACGCGCGAAGCAACAACUGAACGACGGAAGCGAGGUAAUGAAGAUAAAUGAAUUUCGAAGCUGGGUCAUCUUGUGGGAAGGAGCUGUUCUGUUAUUUUCAUGUGGGGGGGAAAUUUGUGACAAAUGGUGAAGGUGAAGUGAGAUAUAAUGGAGGUGGCGUGAGGUUAAGAAGCAUUAAGGAUGGGCUGACACUUGAUGAAUUGAGGCUAAUGAUAUCUGAGUGGAUUGGUGGCGAUGGAAGAAAUUAUGACAUUAAGUACACAGUGGCCUUUGAUGAGAAGACAUUGAUUGACCUUCAUGACAAUGCUGAAAUGUAUAACCUCUUUCAAUACAAUGGGAACAGCGGUCAUGUGUAUGUGGCCGAAAAAAGACAAGUGGGUCCCCAACCAAGGGACAAUGUAGAAAUAACAGAGAGAUUCAUGGGCAUGUCACAGCAAACGGAACUGGAUGCGUCUCCCAUUAGUUUGUGUUGUGAUUAUGGCUGGCUCAGUGAAGAAAAUGCUCGUGAAUGUGACAAUGAUGAAAUAAGUGGGCCCCCUAAUGUGGAUAAAUCUAUCGGAGCUGAAGAUACGGAUGGUAGUGAGAUGGUUCAUGCGGAAUGGAGGGGACUUUUAACAGGAGUGGGCCAACGUUUUCCUAGUGCAGAUGUAUUUCGGGUGUCUGUAUACAAGUUUGCACUUGCAAACAAGUUUGUGGCCAAGUAUAUGAGGAAUAGCAAGGAAUUCAUGUCGAUAAGGUGUAAAGUUGAGGGUUGUCCAUGGAAGCUAUGUGCAAAUCAUGUGGGGAAGAGUUGUGAUGUGCUACGAGUGACGACAUUUAUAAACCGGCAUGUUCAUUCUGCCCAAGAUAGCUUGGACGUGAUGCAUAGUGGAAGAGCUAGUUUGAACUCAUCAAUAAUAAUUGAUGAGAUGAGGGAUCAUGCAGACAAGCGCACUUCUGAGAUAAGGAAGAGGUUGAAACGAGAGUAUGGGAUUGAUCUAACAUAUAAACAGGCUUAUAGAGCAAGAGAGAAGUCACUGGAAGACAUAUAUGGCAGGCCUGAACAAUCAUACAUGCUCAUACCAUGGCUAUGCGAAAGGAUAAAGGAAACAGAUGAAAAAUCAGUGGCUGAAUGGACUGCUAUUGGGAACCGGUUUGAGCGUGUUUUCAUUGCCUACGGGCAUGCAUUGAGGGUUUCUUGGGUGGCGCGAGGCAUAUUAUGUAUGUUGAUGGAACUCACUUAA